CCGUCUAUAGCCUGACACCAAGACGGUGGGAAAUUGGGUGGGGCCGAUACCACUUGCCCGUUUCAGCUUUUCCCCUCAAAUUGCUUCUCCUUUAAUUCUCUCUGCAUUUGAAAGCUUCAUAUGCUCUCUCCGAUGAUCUCUCUCCGCAUUUCUGUGUUUCUCUGUCUUCAUAUAAAGUUCAAUGUUUCAGUAAGAAAUUUCAUCGGAGAGCUUCACAGACGAGUGUCUUAGAGUGCUGAUUCAGUUUGGGGAAUUCCUUUUCAUUGACUUGGUGUCCGAAGAGUUCAAUUCCUGUAGGGAAUCUUUCCUUCUCAAGGUUCUCAGGUGUUUGGCUGCUUGUGUUCUACUCUAAUCCGAUUGUCAAGAUUAUUCUGAAGUCCAAAUCCACCCAAUUUGCAGAUUGCCCACACCAUGGGUCCAUACUACUAAGAUCACUCAAACCAGGUGGCUUUGAUGUAGUUUUCUGGUGGGGAGUGUGGAUGGGUUGUGAAUCUGUAUAUAGAUGCCACUCAUGGAGAGUAACAUUUUUUACAUUCUCUACCUUAGGUAUCCAUCCUUGACCGAUAUGUUGCUCUUUUGACUUGUGUUGGUUAAAUUUUAUUUGUAGGUUACCUGGCUGAAAGUUCAAUGGACGAGAGUUCAGAUCUAAGUGAGUCUGAGAUAAAUGAAUAUGGAGACAAGUCUUAUGAAAAGCUGAAGAGUGGGGAUCCCAAGGUGAAAAUCUCAAAUGACACUUACAGGUGCCCUUUUUGCUUGGGCAAGAGAAAGAGAGACUACCUUUACAAGGAACUACUCCAACAUGCUUCUGGGGUGGGUAAAGGGUCGAGUACCAGGAGUGUCAAGCAGAAGGCAAACCAUCUGGCAUUGGCAAAAUUUAUGGAAAGAGAUAUAGCCCCUGAAGGCUCUCUGUUGCAGCAUGUGGCUGUAUCUGGACCUCCGAGUGGUCGCGACAAUGAUGUAUUUGUUUGGCCUUGGACAGGAAUCGUUGUUAAUAUUCCAACUGAUUACAAGGAUAGACGAUACGUGGGGGAAAGUGGUUCAAAGCUGAGAGAGCAGUUCAUACGGAGAGGAUAUAACCCUGUAAGGGUCCGUCCUUUGUGGAAUUAUCGGGGUCAUUCAGGGACUGCCAUUGUGGAGUUCAACAAAGAUUGGCCUGGAUUUAACAAUGCAAUGUCGUUUGAGAAGGCUUAUGAAGCUGAUCAUUAUGGGAAAAGAGAUUGGUCUGGAAGGAAACACAAAGGGUCCAGUUUAUAUGCUUGGGUUGCUCGUGAAGAUGACUAUAAAUCUGGAGGUAUUAUAGGGGAGGAACUCCAAAAAAUUGGAGAUUUGAAAACCAUUUCCGAUAUUGUGGCAGAAGAAGAACGGAAGAAGAAGAAACUUGUUUCAAAUCUUACCAGUGUUAUUGAAAUCAAGAAUAAGCACUUGAAAGAAAUGGAAUGCAAAUUCACCGAGACUUCUCUGUCUCUCAGCCGUUUGAUGGACGAGAAAGAUGAGCUAAAUCGAGAAUAUAAUGAAAAGAUACAAAAAAUGCACCAGGAUGCACAGAACCAUAUCCAGAGAAUAUUUCAGGAACACCAAAAAAUUAAGGGAAAUUUAGAUUCUCAGAUGAAAGAGCUAGAGCAGCGUGGCAAGGAGUUGGAGAAGCGGGAGGCUCAAAAUGAAACUGAAAGAAGAAAACUACAGGAAGAUAGGGACAAGAACGCAAUGAGAAACAGUUCCCUUCAAAAGGCAACGCUAGAGCAGAAGAAGGCUGACGAAAAUGUGCUGAAGCUGGCAGAUGAUCAUCAGAGGCAAAAAGAAGAACUCCACAAGAGAAUAAUUCAAUUAGAAAAGCAAUUGGAUGCCAAACAGGCACUAGAGUUGGAAAUAGAACGGUUAAAGGGGACAUUGGAAGUGAUGAAACACAUGGGGGGUGACGAUGAUGCAGAAGUUCAGAAAAAGAUGGAGUCAAUGAAGCAAGAGCUGGAGGAUAAGGAAGGAGAUUUGGAAGACCUUGAAUCACUCAACCAAACUCUUAUUGUGAAGGAACGCAAAAGCAAUGAUGAGCUGCAAGAUGCUCGUAAGGAAUUAAUUAAUGGGUUGAAAGAAUUGUCAGGUCGUGCUCAAAUUGGAGUCAAGAGAAUGGGAGAUCUCAACAACAAACCAUUUAUUGAUGCCUGCAAGAAGAAAUACUCUGCUGAAGAAGCAGAGGAAAAGGCUGCAGGUCUGUGUUCAGAGUGGGAUGAGCACCUCCGAGAACCAGCAUGGCACCCCUUCAAGAUCAUCACGGCUGAUGGAAAACCACAGGAAAUAAUCAAUGAAGAGGAUGAAAAACUGAAAAGCCUGAAGAAUGAUUUGGGUGAUGAGGUUUUCAAGGCUGUUACGACAGCGCUGAAGGAGAUAAAUGAGUACAAUCCAAGCGGAAGGUACAUCACAUCUGAGCUGUGGAACUUCAAAGAAGGAAGGAAAGCUACACUGAAAGAAGGAGUUUCAUUUAUACUGAGACAGUGGAAGACCUAUAAGCGCAAGAGGGUGACCUAAGACUGGAUGGAAGGGUGCUUUUUGGGAUGGGCCUACUUGAGCCUGAUUUGCCCCAGCCUGGUUUCAUCCACUACCAUGAAGUUUUGAUAUGCUUGGCUUGGUAAAGCUUAUUUUUGAGGCAUGAAGUGAUGUUGGGAUUUGUACAGACAUAUCUUGGCCCUAUCUGCUGAAGAUAUUUGGCCCUAGUGUGAGUAAUAUACAUGGGCUACAUUGAAGUUAAACUAACGUAUAUGGAGAUCAUAUUGAGCAUAUAAACAUCUCUGACUGACUGUUUUGCUUCUUAUGGUUGUAAUCCUGGUACUUAUGAUGUUUGGGAAUCCUCCCUCCCCCUUUGCUGUCCUCAUUUGAUAGCUGAUAUUCAAUCAGUUGCUCGUCCCGUCUUGUACA